AUGAGCACUUACUUUGAAUCAGCCAUUUUUAAAAUAAACUUUGUCUCUGCAACUUUAUACAAGGACCUUGCAGUAUUUGGGAAGAUGGACCCGUACCUUGAAUUUUAAUUCGCUGAUUAAAAGCUUCAAUCUAGAGCUCACGAGAACGGAGGCAUAAAUCCUGUUUGGAACAACAGUCAUUUUAUCUAGAUUCAUUAGCAUCUACUCAAAUAAGAAGUAACGUUGACAGUCUAUUCUCAAGGCUUAAGAAAUGAUGGAAUGAUAGCUACAGGAAAGUUUGAACUUCGAGAGUUCUUAAGCGGAUAAUUCAAGGGAAAGCAAGGGAUAUUCAAGCUCUUCGAGAAAAACAAAAAUCAUGUUGCUACUAUCUACAUUAAUACUGAGUACAUUCAAGCAAUGAAGAAUCUUUGCAUUCCUUAGUCGCACAUUCAACUUACACUUAUCUAAGGAUUUCUACAUAGGGAUACUGAGAUUAUUGGUAAAAUGGAUCCAUACGUGGUAUUCUCACAUUAAGAUAUCAAAGUUAGAUCUAAGACGAAAAGCAAUGCAGGUUAAAAGCCAGUAUGGGGAGAGACCUUUAGUUUUAAAUCUAACAAUCUGUAUGAGGAUCUUGACAUUCAAGUUUUUGAUGAGGAUUUAAUAGGGAGUAAGGUUGCCGGUAAACUGUAGUUAGACGUCAAAUUUUCAGAGAUAAAGCAGCAGAAAUUCGAUGCUAAAUCAUAAGGAGAACUCUAUGUGAAACUUGUUCAUGGAACAUUCCUAAGAAAUUAAGACUUACUUUCCAAGAUGGAUCCUCGUGUUAUGAUUGAGAUUGGAGACGAGAGUUUCCUCUCAAGAGCUCACUAGAAUGGAGGAGUUACUCCUUUUUGGAACGAAACAAUAGUAAUAAAGCUUACAAACUUAAGUUAGGAGGCAACUUUCAGAGUUGAAGAUGAAGAUAUUUUUUACCACGAUUUCAUUGGUGACAUGACUAUCAGUCUUUAGAAGCUUAUUUAAAAUCACAUUGACAUCUAUCCUGUCUAUGAUAAAGACAAAAAGGUUUCUGGAUUUAUUUUUUUGGAAGUAAGAUAUAUAGAAAAAUAGAUUUAAAAGAUUGAGUUUUUAAAGAAGCGUACUGUUAUUCCCAAAAUCAAAAAGCCAGAACCUAAAAAAAGAUUUUCGGUAUAAUAUGGAAAUUGUCGUAGAUUUUCGUCAAUCAACCAGAUAGAAACACUAUUAAGGCCUCUGUAUAUGGGUAAUUAGCACAUCAAUGAUGCGGACACUGCUAAUGGUAAAAAUCCUAAAAAUAAAGUCUCUGACAGUAGUGUGAACUCUAAGAAAUCUAAAACAAGAAGAAGUAGCGUAGUGACAAAAAUAAAUAAUAGACUUAAUUUAGAAAUAAGUAAAUCAAAUAAAUCUAGUCCUAAGAAUAAGGAUUUCUCUCCUGGGAAUCGUUUCAAUAAUAACAGUAACAGAAACAGCUCUUAAAAUAAUGAAAAAGAGGAGGCUCAUCAGCUUGAUGAUCUACUUAAAGAAGACAUCACACUUAGUAUUAAUUAUGCUAAAAUGAUGUUUCCAAAGAUCGAGGAAGUUGACUAUACUGAUGAGCAAUCCCCAUACUUGAGAAAUAAUCUAAGAUUUAAUCAAGGAUUUAAAAAAGAGAGUGGAGUCUUCCCUGAUCUUUCAGAGAAAUAUUAGUCAAAGUUGAAAGUGAUCCCAGCCAUUUCGUAUGAGGAUGUUGAAAUGGAGCAAGAACAAGGGAUGAAUAUGAGCUUAGAAACUGUGUCAUAAGUUACAUUAUCCUAGAAUGAAUAAAUCAUGGAAGAAGAUGAUGACGAGGAUAGUGUUAUAAUAGAAAAAAAAUUGAGUUCGCUAGAGAAUCAUAUUUAAUUUGAAGCAUUAGAAGCCAAUCAUUAGACAACAAAUAUCAGUUCAUUAAAACCAGAACAACCUCAACAGUAGCAAGAAUAGAACGUUAAUAUAAAGAUAGAUAACCUUACUACAAAGUUAGAAAAUGAUUCAAUAGAUAUCUAAUAAGAGUAAACCGAAGAUAAAACUAGUCAAAAAUCUAAUAUUGAUGAGGAAGAUAAUAAUUCAGCAUAAGAGAACUUUAGUCUUCCUAGAAUCAGCAACAUUAGCAAUGCUCAUGAGAUACUAAGAGGCACAUUAAUAGACUCCAGAAUGAAUAAAUAGAUUUAGGUUAAAAAAGGAAUAAUUAGAAAAAGGACUUAAAUUUCUAAAGAUAGGAAUAGACAUAUCUUAAAUAGAACAACUGGAUUUGACUAAGUUAAAAUAAAAGAUGAGAAACUAAAAACAUAGGUAAUAUCAACUUUAGAGCAAAUCAAUAAACUUGAUAAUCUUUUGAAAUCUCGUAGAGAAUAACAGGCUUCAACUCUAACUAAUUUUUUCAAUGCUAGGAAAAUAACUCCUACCAAAAUCACAGAAAAUAAGUUUAAUUUUAAGAGAGGUGACACAAGAAAAUCAACAGAUCUCAAUGAUAAACUUUUUAAGACACCAUUGAGUAGAUAAGCACGUUAAGCAGAGCAAGAUAUAAAGCAGCAACUACCUAAACUAAGAGUUUCAACUGGAAGUCGUGUGGGAAAUAGUAUAGAUUCUGAGAUUUCUUCAUUAAAUACAUUCAAAAUCUCUUUGAAUGAGAAAAGAGAAGUACUUCAUUAAAAAAGAUUUUUGUCUAGAUACGCAUAAUGA